GCCAGAGCAAGGAUUCCUGGGGAGACCCCAGCAGUUUCUGGAGCUAGAGCAACAGAGAGACGCCUUCGGGGCAGCAACAGUGUUACUAUUAGGGGCAGGGCUGCAAUUGUGCGAAACUUUUCUAUUGUUGUAGAGCUUGGUCCAGAGCAUAUGCUCUUGCCAUUGACAGAGGGGUGUUGUGACGAACAAUUCACCGCCUUGAGCCCGGCAUUGCAGGGACGCCACAAUGCAAGCGGUUCAGCUAUCCUCCAGCCGCUUCGGUCCUUUUUUGAAAGGUCGUCUCCACCAUGUCAAUGAGACUGGGAGGUGGUCAGAUAAUGUGCCACUUGUCCAAAAUGGGCUCUCAAACAGGCGGCUAUGCAUGCAAGCUGGUCGGCAAGCUAAUGGGGGGCCAGGAGACAGAUUAUGGUUGUGCAGUCAGACAUCCUCCGUACAGGCAUUUCGCGUGGUGACCGCCUCCAAGCACCGGCAAGUAGCAAGGAGGGCCGCCGACGGGGGAUCAGUCCAGGCUACUCUUGAGACCACAGAGGCCCCCCCCAGAGGGCCCCCUCCCUCGGCGCCUGUAAAGCAAGAGAGUGAAGUGAGGGUUGUGGACAUUGGCCCAGACACGUUCUCUUUAAGGGGGUACAGCCAAGACAGGCUCAAGUUCGAGAUUGAGUACAACCUGAAAAGAGGCACCACCAACAACUCCUAUCUGAUCCAAGCUCAAGACGGGACCGCCCUCAUCGACGUACCUGACCAGGCGUGGACCGACGCUUUCGUUGAGCAGCUGAAGACCAAAGUUGGGAUUGAUGACAUCACGUACCUCAUCUUGGGGCACUUCAGCCCGAAGCGAGCGGACAGUCUGGUGGCGCUUCUGAAGGAGCGCUCCUCCAACGCUCCGCCUCUGAAGGUCCACUGCUCGAAUCCUGCCCGCAACGCUCUGCUCGAGUUGGAUAACAAAGAGCCGGGGCUGACCGAGAAGCUGGACAUCAAGGUUGCAAAGGCGGGGGAUCAAUUGGACCUUGGUGGCGGUCACCAGCUUCGCUUCUUCCUGACCCCCACGCCCAGAUGGCCCGAUGGGAUGAUGACGUACGAUGCUGCGUCCAAAAUUCUCUACACGCACAAACUCUUCAGUGCCCACGUGGCAAGCGAGAACGAUUUUGACCGGGGGGGCUGGGAGGCGUUUGGCGUUGACUGGAAAUACUACUUCGACUGCAUGCUGGCACCAGUUGCGCGCCAGGCCGCCGCUGCAUUGGAGAAGCUCCCAAUUGCAGCCCAGAUCAAGGGCGUCUCAUACGCUGGGCUUCGGGGAGUGGAGAUUGUGAAGGCCGAUGCGAAGUUCAUCAGCCAAGUGCUGCGCAGCUUCUUGAAGCUUCCAGAAGGCGAGCCGGCGGCGGCGGAGGGCGUCAUCGUCGUGAAAGCUCUGGCACCCAUCCAUGGACCAGUGGUGCGGUCGACUGUGACCGAGCUCGUCAGAGAGUACCGGGAGUGGACUGCGGCCCAGAUUCAGCUGGCUACGGAAGCCAGCAUUGCCGUCAUUUACGCGUCAGCGUACGGAAACACAGCAGCCCUGGCGCAAGCCAUCAGUCGUGGAGUAUCCAAGGCUGGCGUCAGCAUCGAGACGGUGAACUGCGAGCAGAGCAGCGCCUCUGAGGUCGCGGAGAUUGUGUCCAGAAGCGACGGCUUCGUGGUUGGCAGCCCAACGCUGGGGGGCCACAUGCCCACGCCCGUGCAGCUGGCACUGGGCGCGAUCCUGAAGGACCCCGACGCGCGCGCCAAGCCGUGCGGCGUGUUUGGCAGCUUCGGCUGGAGCGGAGAAGCGGUCGACGAGCUGGAGCAGCGCCUCAAGGACGGCGGCUUCGACUUCGCCUUCCCCGCCAUUCGCUGCAAGUUCAAGCCAACCGAGUCGAUGCUCCAGACCUGCGAGGAGUCGGGGACCGACCUCGCGCAAGCGGUGCGGAAAGCCAACACGCGCGCUCGCAAGUCCAAGGAGAAGACUGCCACGUCACUAGCGUCAUCAGCAGUGGAGCAGGCGGUGGGGCGCGUGGUGGGGUCGCUGUGUGUGUUGGUGUCGCGGGACGGGGAUGCAGAGAGCGCGAUGCUCGCGAGCUGGGUUAGCCAGGCGUCGUUCAACCCGCCCGGGUUAACAGUCGCGGUCGCAAAAGAUCGUGCCGUGGAGGGCCUCGUGUUGGAGGGCGGCCGUUUCACGCUCAACGUGUUGGGUCAGGAUAACGCGGGCAAGGUUAGCAAGCAGCUGCUGAAGCCGUUCAAGCCGGGCGAGGCGCGCCUGCAGGGGCUGGAGACACAGGAAACCGAGAGCGGGGGGGUCGUUCUGAACGACGCGAUUGCCUACCUUGACUGCAUGGUAAAGAGCCGAAUGGAGACGGGGGAUCACUAUGUUCUGUACGCAAUUGCAGAGAACGGGAAACUGCAGAACGACCGUGUGCUGACCGCUGUUCACUAUCGGAAGACCGGGGCCCGGUAUUGAGGACCAUUGCAAGCUUCCGUAGUCUAUCCCCGUGCUUGGAUAUUCAAGACUUCCAAUUGGGUUGAUGCUCCUUCUUGUUUCUGUUGAUAGACGACAUUGAAUGCUCCCGGCUUGUGGUCGCGUGUACAAAUACUCAGGGAUCAGUGUUGCGUUCAGAUCUGUCUUCGGGACUGAACGAACUCCUUGCCUUUCUGUAUGGGUUGCUCGACAGUUUCGCAUCGCAUGUAGUGACUUUGAUUCAGGACACGCCAUGACACGGAUCAUUGCAUGGACAACAAUAGUGAUUCGUAGUAAUCCACGCAUGGCAGCUUGGGUAUUGGCAUG